UAUUGCCUUACCAUUGAUACAAUUAUACAACUCUUCCUUGUUGCAUUCAUGGGUGUGUUUUUUUGUCCUCCACUGAUCACGCAUUUCUUAUCAGUCGUUCAAGUACUCACUGUCCUUUGAAAAUCGUCGACAUUUUGACGCCUCGCAAAUGCUUUUUGGGAUUUGUCUUGGAAUGAGCUGAUCCACAACAGACAAUGGAAACAAUGACAUUCUCAAAGCGGCGAUGCUGGCACCAUUAAGGCAAAUUCUUUCCCCUCCUUUCUACCGCCGCGCGGCGUUCCCGUCGCUCGCGUUGAAAGAAGCUCGGAGGCAAACUUCCGCAAGUAGUGCCAAAGCCAGUCCUGAGCCAGACAAACACGCUCCAGAUUUGGAGUCCGUCGCUGACGUCGACCUUUUUGGAAUGGGCAUGUGGUCUCUGGGUUUGGGAGCUGUGGGCGCCGCCCUCGCUGGCGUCUUCCUGGUCAACUCCAAUUUGACUCUCCCCAAUGUGGGAAAGGCCUCGCUGGAACAUCUCGCUGAUGCUGACCUGCUCUCCACCACUGAUGACGGCAAGGUCAUCAAAGCAAAGAGUCUGUGGGAAAAGAACGGCGCCGUCAUCAUGGCCGUGCGGCGGCCCGGAUGAUUUUUGUGCAGAGAGGAGGCUUCCGAGCUGUCCUCUCUGAAGCCCCAGCUGGAGGAGCUUGGGGUCCCUCUGGUGGCCGUGGUGAAGGAGCGCGUCGGGACAGAGAUACAGGACUUCAGGCUGCACUUCACUGGGGACAUUUACAUCGAUGAAAAGAAACAUUUCUACGGGGGAAAAAUGGGUGCUAUGGGGCUGUUGCGCUUCGGCGUGUUGCAGAACUUCUGGCGGGCCUGGAGGGCCGGCCACCACGGCAACGUGUUGGGCGAGGGCUUCAUCCUGGGGGGUGUCUUUGUCAUCGGCGCGGGAGAACAGGGUGUCCUACUGGAGCAUCGCGAGAAGGAGUUUGGCAACAAAGUGGAGGUGGCGGAUGUUCUCCAAGCCGUCAAGAAAAUCGUACCUGGCAAAUAAGCAAAUAGCACUGAAUAGAAAAUUGUGAAAGCCAUUAUUACGUAUGCACUCGGUCCCCUACAGGCAGCUAAUUUAUCAAGUCACCUCUAUUGCGAAACAAAAAGCUGUGAAACUGACUCAAUUGGUUCAACAUUACCGCUAAAGACACUUUAAAGCUAGACUUUAUGAAAACGGUAUGAUGUGAACACUCGAUUAUAACGCAAGUGAUAAUUGUACUCGAAGUUGUGCUGCUAGUUUGUCCCCCACGCCGACACCACCCGCUGGUUUCCAUCAUGGCCGACAUGCGUGCGCUUAUGCGGUUGUGCGUGUAACAAUGACGACUUGUCUUUCUAAACUCUGCAAAGAGAGGAGGAAAGUCUGAUAAUCAAACGCGUGCGUUUUCCUCAGACACCGCCCGCCACUGUUGUCGUCAUUUUGAGGCCUUCUGGAGUGUUGGCGGGGGAGACAAUCAUAUGCACUUUUACAUGUU